AUGCCCCCCAGCAGUUCGUCUUUCACGGCGUUGAACUUGCCAUCGACAUUCUCUCUGCCCCAAUGCAUGGAAUACUUCACCCUCACCGCCGGUCCUAACACGGAUCUUUGGCGCAAGCCACCGAACCGGGAUACCGCAACGGCUCCUAUCGUGUUCACUUCCCUGCGGAGUGCGUUCGUAGUCGCCGAAGUCACCGUCACGGCAGACUGGGAAAUGGAAUGGGACCAGGGAGGCCUGGUCAUCUUUGCUGGAGCGGCACCUCAAUCGUUUUCAUCCGACAGUGUUCCGCUCACCUCAGGGACACGCCCGGGCCGUCAUGGAUAUCCUCAGACUGCGCGGCCCUGUAAAUGGGUCAAGGCAGGCAUGGAAUUCAGCUCGGGCACCAUGAACGCAUCGUCAGUAAGCGCAACCGCAGACGGCGCGGACUGGUGCCUUUCGCCACUUUCUAUACCCGACCGCGGGCCAUCUGCUAUGCAUUCACUGCGUAUUAAGUUAGAGCGGAUCGGACAUUCGCUUUGGAUCUGGUACCAGGUCCCGUCGGCGGUGCCGUAUGCAAUGACCCCGGGCGCCGUGAGCAGCACGUGGAAGAAGCUGCGGGAAGUGACAUGGUUCUUCUAUGGGGUGGAGGAUAAAUUUGUCCACGUGGGAGUUUAUGCUAGUCGCCCACACAGCCUGCCUCGCUCCGGAACGAUGUGGGAGAUGGUCAAUGGCCGGGGGAUGGGCGGGACGGCGUCAUCGGGCGAUGGGUUGGUCGUUGAAUUCGAAGAUCUUGAGAUUCUCUAA